AGUUGUAAGGGACUGUUUACCUAACACGUGAAUGCAAGAAUGAAGAAAGGUUAUACUUCCCAUCUAGUGAACCAACUCCGGGAGCUUAGAUACUUGAAAUGCUAUUGGGAUACGACCAUAGUUUGUCAGGACGGUUCUCUCCGUAUGAACAGAUUGCUCUUUGGUUUACUCCAAGGUUCUAUCCUAAACCUAAACCAAGAGCAGGACGAAUUAAAGAUACUUCUCCCUGACUCGACUCUACUCACUGUUCUAGAAGAGCUGGAAGGCAAGUUUAUCUCCUUAUCGAACCAACAGGGCAGAGUAGAGAAAAAUCAGUCUAUUUCUGGCGAUGAGUUACGACUUGACAACGGGAUGAUUAACCACGAGAAAGAGGAGCAUACAGAUGAUCCAGAUGAUCCGUACGAAGCUAAGACUUAUAAUUGCGAGUUUUGUAGUUUUAGAAGCAAAAAGAAAGGAAACCUAGAGCAGCAUAAAAUUUCCCUUCACAGUAGGAUUCGUCUUCGCUGCUCUUUAUGCCGCUACCAAACACAAACAGGGAUAAAUCUUAAGAGGCACAUGAACUCGGUCCACCUUGGAGUCAAACAUAAAUGUGAUUAUUGUGAUAAACUUUUCUCAUCCCAAGGUAAUCUAAAGCAGCAUGUGAACAGCAUACACGGAAAUACAAGGUAUACUUGUGAUCAGUGUGAAUACUCAAGUUUAAACAAGUCAGGAUUAUCUCGACAUUUCACAUCUCAGCACGAUCAGAUCAGGUUUCCUUGUGAUCAAUGCAAACACCAAUCUUCUAGUAAAGCUCUGCUGGAAAUACACAAAGAAAUUGUUCAUCUUGGGAUAAAGUUUCCUUGUGAUGAAUGUAAAUAUGAAGCAACCACUAGAGGCCACCUACAAGCACACAAGAAGAAGAAACACGGUGAUCUAAACAGAACUAAUGUGCAUGUAUUGUUAAAUACUUAAUUUCAGAAAGUAAAUGAACAUGGAAGAGACAGAUGAGAUCGGAGUGUUCGAGGUUUUCUCUGAGUACGGGAAUUAUCUUGUGAAGGUGAGUGCUUUGCUGGGUAUGGAUACCGGUCUGACCAGUCUCCAUCUUGAUAUAGAGGAAUAUCUGCUCGGCCUCUGCAACCUCUGUAAUGAACUCUCUAGGCUGGCGGUCAACUCUGUCACUAGCGAGGAUUACUCGAGACCCGUCAGGAUCGCUGAGUUUCUAAACUCUCUGCACACUGGAUUCCGACUUCUCAACCUGAAGAACGACAACCUCAGGAAGAGGUUUGACAGUAUUAAGUACGACCUGAAGAAGGUUGAGGAGGUCGUCUACGACUUGUCUAUUCGAGGCCUCAGCAAGGUCUCCCUCGAGGAUAAGGCUGAGGAGAAGACUGCUGCUCCCUCCGGCCCUACUGAGGCGGUUGAAGCUGCUCCUGUUGCUGCUGUGUAGAAGUUUUCAUUUGUACACCGGUUAAUUGCUGCUGAAUAUCAGGAGUUCGAAGAGUGAUGAUCCUACUGGAUCCCAUUCAUAAUUGUAUAUUACUUUAUUGCAAACCCCAAAAUGCAGGGGCCAUUUUUGUCGGAAAAUUUGUAUGUGAUAUUUUGUGAUUUUUCAUUCAUGUCUCAAAUUCACACUAUGCAGGCUGUGAUUUCAUAUUCUGUAUAAAAAGAUUUUGUUAUUUUUUUUAUUUUCAGAAAA